CUCCGUGCGUUCACGUCAACAUCAACGUACGAUGCUCAGCUGGGGGCCAAUUAAAAUCUGUAUCUAGCUGUGAUUGACACAGCCAGCGUUGGUUAGCAACGGAGCGGCUCAAAUUGCGCCUGGAUCAUAAUUCGUGUUGGGAUAAACUUAGCUAACCUAGCCAACGCUGUCUGGAUAAUAAAGAAAGAGACGAAAAAUAUGGAAAUUUAACUACAGGAGACGCGAACAGGAGUCUUAAAUUACUUUUCCUCCACUUGCGGGCAGAGUUUUGGAUGUUUGUCGUGUUUUUUUCUUCGCAAUCUGAGAUUAGCCCUGGUUUCUGUAUUUUCCCUCUUUUCUGUAAUUCUGACGGAGUGUUAAUCCCAGUGCGCCUGUGGUCCGGUGUGACUUGAGUAAAGGAAUUUUAUUUAUUGUAAAAUUUCCUUAAAAAUGGAUUUUCUGCUGAGACAAUUUUGCCUGCGCUGAUGGAGACUGACCGAGUUUCCCCCGAACUGAGUUCAUAACAAGUGGAGCGGAUCAGCCGGACUGAUGGACGAGGCUUUGUGUUGAGAUCUCAGAAGAUAAAAUGCGUCUUUGCCUGAUAAAGGUACUGCCUGUCCUGUGUUUGUUGGUCACGAGGGUGUCCACUGAUCUCACCUGCGAUACAGUGCUUAUGCUAGCAACUGGAAACCGCACAAUGUACUCUGUGGACCCCUCUACUCAGGCAGACAGUAAUAGCUCAGGUGUAUUUUGCAGAACAUCCAUUGAUGGCAUUGGUACAUGCUGGCCUCGCAGUAUGGCAGGAGAAAUGGUGUCACGUCCCUGUCCUGAACUCCUUUAUGGAGUGCGAUACAACACCACCAAUAAAAUCUUCAGAAAGUGUCUGGCCAACGGGACCUGGGCCUCCAAAGGCAACUAUUCUCAGUGUAAAGCUAUUCUUAAUGUACAGAGGAAAAGCAAGCUUCACUAUCGGAUCGCUGUCAUUAUCAACUACAUGGGUCACUGUUUGUCUUUAUUCACUCUUCUCAUUGCCUUCACACUCUUCUUACGACUCAGGAGUAUUCGCUGUCUAAGGAACAUCAUCCACUGGAAUCUCAUUUCUGCCUUUAUCUUGAGGAAUGCGACAUGGUUCAUUGUUCAGCUCACCAUGAGCCCGGAUGUACAUGAGAGCAACGUACCAUGGUGCCGUUUGGUGACAACCCUGUAUAAUUAUUUCCACAUGGCAAAUUUUUUCUGGAUGUUCGGGGAGGGCUGCUACCUGCACACAGCCAUCGUACUCACAUACUCCACCGACAGGCUCAAGAAAUGGAUGUUCAUCUGUAUUGGAUGGUGUAUUCCUUUACCAAUUAUUGUAGCCUGGGCCUUUGGGAAGCUUUACUAUGACAAUGAGAAAUGUUGGUUUGGGAAAAGAGCAGGUGUGUACACAGACUACAUCUACCAGGGUCCCAUGAUACUGGUGCUCAUGAUAAAUUUCAUCUUCCUCUUCAACAUUGUGAGAAUCCUCAUGACCAAACUUAGAGCCUCCACCACCUCAGAAACCAUCCAGUACAGGAAGGCCGUGAAGGCCACUCUAGUGCUGUUGCCUCUGUUGGGCAUUACCUACAUGCUGUUCUUCGUAAACCCAGGAGAAGAUGAGGUCUCCCAAAUUGUCUUCAUUUACUUUAAUUCCUUCCUUCAGUCCUUUCAGGGCUUCUUUGUGUCUGUGUUCUACUGUUUUUUGAAUAGUGAGGUACGCUCAGCAGUACGGAAGCGCUGGCACCGCUGGCAGGACAAACAUUCCAUUCGCACAAGAGUUGCAAGAGCGAUGUCCAUCCCCACCUCACCCUCACGCCUCAGCUUCCACAGCAUCAAACAGUCCACCUCUGUCUGAAAGACUGAGAAAUUGAGGCUGUAAAAGAGAGUCAGACAAAAAGGACCACAAACUUGGAAGCCAACCUUUGUUUAAAGCAGCAGCAACUGUGAAGAAAGCUUUAUAUCUGUCCGAUAAUAACUGGUGGAAACUUUCAGCACAGACUUUUCUACAGAGAAUACCUCACCAGUUCUACCAUCCACUGGUAGAAAAUCCAAAGGGAGUUCCUGAUUAAAAACUGUUUUUAGUACAACAUUACUUUCUGCUGAGCCGCACAAAGACACUAAUGGCACUAAAGGAACAGAUGAUACAGAUGAGCCAGGCAGAAGAGUUCCAGUAUGAGAAGGACUUAUUCAGUGGACCAUCUCCUGAAGGAGUGUAUUCCAUUACAUGUUUAUUUAAAGACAAGACUUUUCUUUUUGUAUAAUACUGGAGUUAUUUAUGGUUUAACACUAUUUCAAUCAAAAACCAAGAAGGUCUUUCUUGGUAUUUCUUAAUUUUCACUGUAUGUUUUGUAUUUGUGUGUAUGUGAGUUUGUGUGAGUAAGUGAGUGAGUGAUUGAGUGAGUGAGAGAGAGAAGCAAAAAAAAGAAAGAAAAGAAAGGGUCCUCCAGGGGCUGCACUUUAAAUCAGCUUCAGGAGAUACAAGUAGAAUAAAUUAUUACCUGGUGGAAAGAAACCACAUGCACUGCUA